UCUGGUCACGCAUUUUGCAAAAAUGCUCCUCAAUUAAAACCCAUUUUAGGAUACUGUUCUCUGGAGAUUCAGGAUGACUCUAGAGGAUUUCCAUGGUUCUGUCGCUAGUAUAUCUCCUGCUUUGUUACCCGUCGUUCCUUAAGCCCUUGUGCUUGUCCGCCGCUCUUCUCCCGGCGGAAUGAAGCUUCCAUACUCACGGCCUGUGGUUUCCAUCAACCGGAUUGUGGGCCAACUUAAAGGUUUCCAAGGUGGCUCUGCUACUUAUUUGCCUCUCCAAGCGCAACAAUGGCAUAUUCGCAAUACAAUUAGCAGCGCUGAAGCGACGUCUCUGAGUACCGCCAUUCCACGGCCUCAAACUAGCAGAUCAAAUGAUAUCCAUAAUACCCAGAAUGGCGCUCUCUCCCUCUCGGACCAAGUCCGCCUGCUGAUGAGACGAGUACCUUACCCCGUUGCCAUCAUCACGGCCACCGACCCCCACGAACCCCUCGAUCAAGCUUUCCGCGGCAUGACAGUCUCAUCGUUCAAUACUGUAUCACUAUACCCAGAACCGGCCAUCUCAUUCAACGUGCGGCGACCAUCCGAGACCCUCAGCGCGCUUCAAUCUUCAAAGCGAUUCCUCGUUCAUCUAUUAGCUCCCAAUCGGACGACAGCAGCUCUUGCCCGGGACUUUUCCAAAGGCAACCAUAAUCUGACUAUCGUGAGUGGUAAAGGUGAUUUUGAAUUUACACCGCAUCCUUCUGCGUCCGGUGAGGAGGCGACCAGGCCGCUGCCUCUGCUUCGGAGGAAGCAAAUUGCGGAUGCACCAGAGGGAAACUCCCUCUCGGACAUUCCUUUUGUAUUUGAAUGUCAACUUCAUCCGCAGGAGAUCGAAGUCAACGACCACACGAUUGUGGUGGGGACCGUUGUAAAGGUCCUCUCGGAUCAUCUGACGAGUCCGGAGGCAAUCGCCAAUGCGCACUCCGUCACCGAUCUAUGUUUAACAUACGCCAAUACCCGGUUUUGGGAAAUGGGCCACGAGAUUUAGGCUUGCUGUUUGUAUACCCUACUCUUCUUUACCUCAGCUCUAUAUGUACUAUAUUCGCUUGAAACGUGUGCUCGUGUAUAUCUACAUGGCCUUUCU